GAAAUUCUCCCCAACGCCACUCGACGAAAAAUCCGAGACCGAGCACUCUGCCACACCGCAAUUGAAACGUUGGGCCCUCGCUUUUUUGGCUGCAAACGUAUACUUUGCGAAAGGCAGAGGACACAAAUCCAAUCAAAAGCCAGGAUCCUGCGAGUUUUCUAGUGGCAGAAAACUCUUGAAUGAAUCACCCAGAAGCCAAAGAUUGCCCCUCCAAGGACUUGAAAUAAAAACUGCAUCAACAUGAGGCGCCUUAGCAUCCUCUUCGUGUCUGCUCUGUUCUUGCUUCUCGUUGCCCGGCAUGAAGUAUCUGCAAAAAACUAUCUUUUGUGGGCCUUGGGGCUCGAAGAGGACGAGGAGCAAGCCCACGACGUACGAAUGCUCAAGAAAUACAACGAGAAAGCUCGAGCCAGAGUCUCAGACAAUCGCUUGCGACGAAGGACAUACCGCAGAGGUAACAAGGCUGCGGACAUGGCCAAUGUCUCUCCGCAGACUAGAACCAUCCGUAUUCCUGUUACCACCCGGAAGGACGACAAGGGAAAGAAGACAUCAGCAAAGAAGAACGAGGCAGUCCCUAUCCAGCAGGGGAAGACUGAAUACAAACGACACAAAACAUUCAACCUGAGGGAUAAAGUGGCCGACAAGCUCAGCCAUGCCAUCCAGGGCAAGGAUAAGAAGCAGAAACAAGUACAAUACGUCGGCGCCAAGGAUAACUCAAGAUCCAACAGAGGCGGCAGGCAAAAGAAUAAAGAGCCCAAACAAAACGCAAAGCACCAAGGAUCGUACCGACCAGGGAAAGAGGUUAAGCCGGCUGGAAACAACAGGUCGAAAAACGACAGGGGAAAGCAGAAGGAAGACAAGCAGAAAGAUCACAAGCAGAAGGAUAAUAAGAAGAGAUCAGAAAAGAGAUUCAAGACCAAGCUAGAUAACAAGAGAUCAAGAGCCGGUGGAGACAAGCCCCGUGGCGACGGUGGCGCAAAUCGACAUCACAACAAGAGAACUGCUGAAAGACAUCACCGCACAGAGGAAACGAAGAGGGAGGAACACAACCAAAUCAAGCGCCAGCAGGAACACGCGGCUGCAAAUUCUAAACACACGAGUACGGCUACCUCAAAUGGGGGCAGAAAUCACAACAAGAGACUUGAAAAGCACGAAAAGGAGAAGAGAGCGGAGAAGAACGCUGAAAAGCGCCAAGAAGAGCAUGCAGCACGCACCAAGCAAGCCAUUGGGACGAUUGAUGUUACCAUGAGAAACGGAAACACAAACGUUGGAGGGUCUGCGGGCUUCAUCAACGCGAGAACCAGGGCUCAGGCGGAUGCCCAGGCGAAAAAGGGCACUCUCAACAAGAAGAAGGCGGUUUCCACCGGUGCGAACCAUCAGAGAAACAAAAAGCACGUCAACGCGCGACGAAAGGAGGAACAUUUCGAAAGGAAGGCUUUGAACCACAGGAACCACAAGGCUGAGAAAGCAGGAGCCCGCCGCAAACAUGGAAACAAGCGACAUUCAAGACAAAGGGAACUUCUUACUACUCUCCGAAUGGGCGUUGCUUCGCAACAUCACAAACAUCACCAGGGUUACAACAAGCGAAAACAGCAACGGAUACAAAGAGAGAAGGCUGGCCUCAACCGACGACGGAGAGGACACAAAGACAUGGGAAAGCCACAGGUUGACACUGUAACGCUCCGGGAUGGUGGUUUGGACAUGCCAACUAUCGUUUCAGUAGGCGACGCUAACCUUGACACCAAACUGGACACGAUCGAUUUGAGCAGUGCUGAGAUGAAGCUGGACAACACUGGCGCUACCAUUCCGGUCGUUUCGCUGUACUGGGGAAUCUUCAACAGCCCAGAUGCAUGCCCACAACAGCCAUGCAAGCUCGAGGAUGCGUUGAACCCGAACACGAAAGCCUCCAUCAUCCAUGGAACCGGAAAUAUUCCUGAUGCCGACGGCAACGUGAUCCUCGUUGCAUCAAUCUAUCGCACUCCCGAGCACGUGGACUACAGCGGACCGGCACUCCUUGACGGCCUUGCAUUGGAGACUAACGGAGCUCUUUCUUCGGCCGGCUUCUACAACAAAGACGCUUCCGUCGUGAUUGGCAUUCGCAAGGUGGCAUCCGCGGUAAACGAUUCGAUGGCACAGCUGCUUGAAGCGACUGAAUUCGUUGAAUCGAUGGAUCUGUACGACGACUUUGUGCAAUUCUCUAGCUUCAAAGCAGGUCAAACAGGCUUUGAAGCAGUUCAAGCCUUUGGAACUGGGGACAUCGUAGAAGGAGCCAAGGCUCAUCUUACACGCCAGAACGACGUUUUGCAGAUUUACGUGGAGACGAACGUGCAGGACGCAUAGUAUUUGAACUCGUUCAGCCAGCAGCAACCCAGUGCAAGUGUGGAGCGAGCACGAGUUGGUUGCAACAGCUCCGAGUCCAGCUCAGCAACACCGAUUAUGAAAAUUGAAACUUUUAUAUUGGAGGCAGGUGUUUCGAUUGGUGGUAUGAUUUGUUUCGUGCUGUAUGACUUUACCACUUAUACCACCAAUGUGUGUACCUUUCUGGUAACCAUUGAGCCCCGCCAUAGCAAAGGAACCCACUAACAACUGUUCAGUGACUACAAACAGUCCAC